AUGAAGACUUCUUGGAAGGAUAUCGCCCCGGUGCCCAACUCCCAGGAGUUCCUGGACAUUGUCCUGAGCCGCACCCAGAGGCGUCUGCCGACACAGAUCAGAGCGGGUUUCAAGAUUAGCAGAAUCAGAGCUUUCUACACCCGUAAGGUCAAGUACACGGCCGAGACGUUCACCGAGAAGCUUCAGGCCAUCCUCGACGGCUUCCCCAGGCUCCAGGACAUCCACCCGUUCCACAAGGAUCUCCUGAACACCUUGUACGAUGCCGACCACUUCCGCAUCGCUCUCGGCCAGCUCUCCACCGCCAAGCACCUCAUCGAGACGGUCGCGCGUGACUACGUCCGUCUGCUCAAGUAUGGCCAAUCGCUCUUCCAGUGCAAGCAGCUCAAGCGUGCGGCGCUGGGUCGCAUGGCCACCAUCUGCAAGCGCAUGAAGGACCCGCUGCUCUACCUCGAGCAGGUGCGCCAGCACUUGGGCCGUCUGCCCUCGAUCGACCCCAACACCAGGACCCUGGUUAUCUGCGGUUACCCCAACGUCGGCAAGUCGAGCUUCCUGCGGAACGUCUCCCGCGCCGAUGUCGACGUUCAGCCGUACGCUUUCACCACCAAGAGCUUGUUCGUCGGUCACUUCGACCACAAGAUGCUUCGUUUCCAGGCUAUUGAUACCCCCGGUAUUCUCGACCACCCGCUGGAAGAGAUGAACACGAUUGAAAUGCAGUCCAUCACGGCCAUUGCCCACUUGAGGUCGGCCAUUCUCUACUUCAUGGACCUGAGCGAGCAGUGCGGCUACAGCGUUAGCGCACAGAUCCAGCUUUUCCACAGCAUCAAGCCUCUGUUCAACAACAAGCUGGUUUUCGUUGUCAUUAACAAGACGGAUCUCGUGAAGCCUGAGGACCUGGACGCCGAGACGCAGGAGCAGAUUCAGGGCAUGCUCAAGUCUGGCGAGGUCGAGCUGAUGCAACUUUCCUGCACGACGGCCGACAAUGUCAUGGCUGUCCGUAGCGCUGUCUGCGACCGCCUCCUGGCCCAGCGCAACUCGGAGAAGCUGAAGGCUGCCACCACCGCCUCCGGCGAGGUUACUGGUCGUCUUGCGGAUGUCAUGCGCCGCAUCCACGUCGCCGUUCCCAUGGAUGGCAUGACGCGCGAGGUGUACAUUCCUGACGCGGUCAAGAACAAGAUGAAGUACGACCCCAACGACCCCAACCGCAAGAAGCUGCAGCGCGAGAUCGAGGAGGAGAACGGCGGUGCCGGUGUGUACAACAUCAACCUCAAGGAGAACUACCUCCUCGAGAACGACGACUGGAAGAUGGACAAGGUGCCGGAAAUCUUCGACGGCAAGAACGUCUACGACUUCAUCGACCCGGAGAUCGAGGCCAAGCUGGCGGCGCUCGAGGCCGAGGAGGAGCAGAUGGAGGCGGACGGGCGGUACGAGUCGGACGACGACAUCGAGGACGCCGAGGAGGCCGAGAUGCACUACAAGGCGGACCUGAUCCGCGAGAAGCAGGCGCUGCUGAAGAACGAGGCGCGGAUGCGCAAGAGCCUGAAGAACCGGGCGCAGAUUCCGCGGUCGGCCAAGGCCAAGAAGCUGUCGCAGAUGGAGGAGCACCUCGACUCGCUGGGCUACGACACGACGGGCAUCGCGGCGCGGGCGCGCAACCAGUCGCGCGGACGGUCAGUUGCGCGCGGGCGGUCGGAGGGCGCGGGCGGCGACGACGGCGACGCCAUGGACGUGGAUGGCGGCGCGGCGCCCAAGAAGCCGAGCAACGCGAUCGAGCGCGCCAAGAGCCGCGGCCGCAGUCAGAGCACCAACAGGCGCGACGACGGUGUCACAAACGAAAUUGCGCGCUCAAAGGCCGAGAGGCUGCAGAAGCUGUCGCAGAAGAAGAUGAACCGCAUGGCGAGGCAGGGUGAGGCCGAUAGGCACCAGACUAGCGCGCUGCAGAAGCAUUUGCUGGCUGGUAAGCGGGGUAUGGGCUCUACGAGGAGCAGGUAA